AUGUCUGCUGCUACUGCUUCUGCUGCUUCUGGUGCUGGUGCUCCUAGACGUUUUGUCAAACGUCCCGACGAUAAGGCUUUCAAAGAACAAAUUGAAACUUUAAAGAAGGGAAUUAAGGAAUUAGAUAUUUCUUAUCAACAAAUUCAUGAAAAAAUCAACAAAACCACUUCUGACCCAAAGUUGUUAGCCCGUAGAAAACAAUUACAAGCUGAAUUGAAAGAGUUAGUCGGUAAACAAGGAAAUAUUAAACAAGAACGUUUAGGUAUUCAAGAACAAAUUAAACAAGUUGAUAAUGUUUUAAAACGUAAAAUCACUGAGCUUAAUCAACAAACUGCUAAAAACAAUUUCAAAUCAGUUGGAGAAAUUGACGCUAGAAUCAAUUCAUUGGAUAAAUUAGUUGACCAAGGUGAUUUAAAAUUAGCUGAUGAAAGAAGAUUCAUUAAAGAAAUGUCUCAAUUGAGAAAAUUGAAGAAAGAUUUCGGAUCAAUUGAAAAACAACAAGAAUCCAUUGAUAAGGAUAAAGCUAAGAUUGCUGAAUUGAAAACUAAAUUGAAUUCUAUUCAAAAUAAAGAAAUUCAAUCUAGAUUUGAACAAGUUUCAAAAGAAUUAGAUGAGUUAAACCAAUCUAAUUCUUCAAUCACUUCUAAAAGAGAUGAAUUAUUUUCUAAAAGAAAUUCAAUCAAAAAGGAAAAAGAUGCUAAAUACGAUGCUAUUAGAAAAUUAAGAUCCGAAUUUGAUGCUGAAUUUGAAGUUUUCAAAACUAAAUUAGCUGAAGAAAAGAAAAAGAGAGAAGAGGAAACUAAACAACAAAGAAUUUUAGAAAAACAACAAAAGAGAAAAGAAUUAGCCAGUAAACAAUUGGCUGACGCUUCUAUUCCUGCUUUCACUGAAGAAAUUAACCAAAUUCAUCUUUUAUUAUCUUAUUUCGAUCCUUCUUACGUUAAACCAGCUCCUAAAAAAACUAAUGGUUUACCAGUGGCAAACGCUUCGUCCACCAACAACAACAAUAUCAGAAAAGUUGAAAUGCCUUCUGAUGCAGUUAUUAUUAAAAAGGAACAACCUUCUUUCUUUGAAGGUAAAGGUAAAAAGAAGGGUAAAAAAUCUCAUUCUAGUAAAUCAAAAGCUUUCACCGUUGAUCCUGAUGUGAUUGUUACUUUAACCGACUUAUCUAUUCCUUUACCAACCAAAGCUGAAGACGUUCCUACUACUAUCACUGUCUUAAAAGAAACUUUGAAAUCUUUGGAAGAUAAACAAGAUGAACAAACUAAAACUAAUAUCGAAAAGGCUAAAGCUAAAAUUGCCCAAUUAGAAAAAGAAGAUGAAGAAAAUGAUGACCAAGAUGAUGAAAACUAA